AUGAGCAAGAGAACCGCACCCGCCGUCGACGGAGCAGUCUUGCGCGAGAAGCCCCUCCCAAAACGCCAGAAGCUCGAUACGCCCCGAGGCCCUCCACCCAAAGCCGAAGAAAUCCACUCUGCGCGCCAGUUGCAACACCUGCUGGUCUUUGAGCAAGGCAACACCCAGCAGCUGAGAAAUGGCAUUCAAAGCCUAAAGGUCUUCCUCGAGUCCAUCCUCUACCCAAGCGACGACCACCCCCUACCCCGGCAGCGAGCCAUUCUCCGAGAUUUUCUCGAUACGCAAAAGCCGCGCACAAAUGAUCAAGAUGCACCUUUCAUGUCGAACCUCAUCCAAACCUGGAGCUUCGCGUCCGACUCCAACAAUGACCACAUCUCCUCCUCCGCCGUUGCCGUCCUGGCCCUCCUCUUGAAGACGCUGUCGCACAACCUUGAAUUGCGCGAUUAUGGCAUGCAGCUAUGCCGCACGAUCCUGCAAAUAUCACAGUUGAAGCUGUUGGCCCGCGGACUGUCCGCGCCGAAAUACAAGGAAUCUGCCAUUUCGCCAUGCCUGCGACUGCUCACCGAGGUCGUCUCCUUUGACGGAGGCGCUGUCGCAAAGCAACUGUAUUCGAAGCGCGACUUUACAUUCGAAGGGAAAAUACUUGCGCGGAAUCUGGGGAUACGACACACCGAUGAAGAAGCGGCAAAAGCCAAGCGGAGACCGUCGGUUCGCACCAAUGCCGUCAAGUACGUCUUGGCGCACUUCAGAAACCAGGAAGAGGGCGCCAAGAUUGAUAUCCUCAAGCAUGGCAAUGUCAUGAGGGCUUUGUUCGACUACAUCAGGGACGACCCUCCGGAGGUUGCAGCUGAAAUUCUGGAUGUCGUCAAGUCUCAUAUCAUUGCCGACAAGGAGAUUCCAAGGUCGAGCAAGAGCCAUUUGCUGACGGACCGCGCAUUGUCGAACAUAGCGGGUCUGUACAGAGUUGAGCAGACACUGGAGGAAGAAUCAGACAAACUGGCCAUUGACGUUGUCGCACACAAAUUCCUGUUGCAUGCGUGCAGGUCAGCAGAGGCAGGAGUUCUGGCACCUUCUUCAGGUUGGUAUCCGCCCGGCACAGAUAAAGAGCCCGAGCACGGGGAUCAUGAUGCAGGCGACGGGAACAUCGAUCUGGGACUGGAUUCGCUCGAGUGGUAUGACCGCUACCAAGGUCGUGUCACCGUACGGAAUGGAAACCUGGCCUCCUUCAUGCAGGGCCUGAGACCUUAUGCCAACAAACUGGAACAAGAGUUGGUGCUGGCGAUAUUGGAAGCGUGCCCAGAGCUCUUUGCCGACUACUUCUUCAAAAAAACGAACUUUACCUUCGACCCUAAGCUGACUGCCACUUGGAUCGGCUAUGCGUCGUUCCUGUUCUCGGCAACUCACCUCCCUGUCCCUCGUUUCCUCGGUCACAAAGAUGGCUACGCAUCCGUACCACCUCCUGUCUCUAUCGCAAUCGAAAGCCUCCUACCUCAGCCGCUUACGCAAAAGGUGUUGACGAAAUGUUUGAACCACAGCUCAGACCUGAUAACGUUCUUUGUCAUAAGGCUUCUCACGAUGGCUUUUCAGAAGCUAGAGCAGGUCCUGGUCCAAUUCAAAAAUGCGUCCUCGCAAAGCUCGAACCAGCUUUGGCAACAGGCGACCGAGAGGCUAUUAUCGGAAUUCUGCGCACGCUGUCCCAAGAUGAGAGACGUCAUCGCAGCAUUUCGCAGGAUCCCUGAUACGAACCUCAUGCAGCGCGAGGCCGUCACUAGGCUAUUGUCCAUGUACUACAACGUAACGCCUCAGAUUGCUCUAGAUGAGAAAUUCGACGUGUCUAUGGCGCUGACCAAGUCCCUGAAUGAGCUUGACCAGCAGACGACAUCGGGAGAAGAGCACGAGAUCAGACUGCUCGAGCUCAGCCAUCUGCUGCAGAUUGCGAGAAGUGCGACUGAUAUGCGAUGGUGGCAGAAGCCCGAGUCGCUGAAGUUUUCUCCUUUUACAUCUGUCCUCAGGGUUCUUUCCUCGUCUCCAGAUGGUGCCUCCUCCGAGACCAUCACCCAGUUGCUUAUCUCUGUCAUUCACGACCACGGUAUGCUUCGAACCGAUGGCUACCCAUCAUCAUUCGAUGCACUUGUCUCCAGCCUGACGGCCAAUGACGAGCUUGCGGAUGAUUCAGUCUUCAGCUUCAUUGACGAAUGCUUUGGUCGUUUCGUACGAAGGCCGAUAAAGUACCAGGAUGACCUGGAUGCCUUGGUGGUCUUAUCAAAGGUGGAGAAAACUCUGGAGUCCCCCGUCAGUCUGUUGCUUGCGACCCUGGUAGAACAGUGGCCAUUUGUUCUCAAAUUGGAGAAGCAUGCCGCCAACCAUGUUUCGCAAUGGAUCGGCCGAUUCCUCUCCUGCCUGAAGAAGGUUGGUGAGAAUGAGCUGGUCCUGCAUUCCCUGCUUGGUGCCAUGCUGGAGGUUUCCGGCGGCUCGGCUUACGGAAAGCCGCUCACUGCCGCGCUGGGCAGUGCGAAGACACCUGAGAUCAGGCCGAUCAUCAAUAGAGUGCAAAAUGACGGAUCCGAAGAGGAUGGAGAUGGCGGAAACAACGGCUCACUUGAUGACUUCGAGGUAUCCCUGGAGCUCCCGCCCAAGGAAAAUGAGAACCAUCCAGAACUUACGCGGUGGAUGCACAAAGACGUGGAUGAAGCAGUCGAGGAAGGCCACAUAGCAGCUCUGGUCUUAUGUCUCUGCUCUGAGCAUUUGUCCAUACGGCGUCAAGCACUGCCCAACGUGCAGAAGCUGAUGACGAAAGUGCAGGCAUCGGGCUACGAAGAGCAUGAGCUUAUCUACCUCCUUCUCGGCGAAAUCUACGAGACGGCUCGGCCGCUCGUGGGCACGGAUGAGCCUCUCCCAUGGAUUGCCGGAACGCUCGCCGCUCGUGCGAUACCGAUAUUGGCGGAUCCGGCGAACUUCUUGUAUCCCAAAGUGGGCUCUUUCCUUACACGUGGACCGUCGUGGACGGUCAGCAGGCUGCCAUCGUACUGGGCAGAGAAGAUCAUCCUCAAUCCUCCCGAAGGCGACGAUGCGGCUCACUGGCGAGAGAUCGAGUGGCUGCUGGAAUGGUACCUCGAUGGAUUACGGACAGAGAAAGACCUGGGCAUCUUCCGGGCGAGAGGCAUGUUCGAGAGGGUCCUGGCGUUGUACAACGAUCCAGCGAGCUCGAGGCGGACGAAGGAGCUGGUCAUUCGGUUCCUGUUCCGAACAGUGGCGGUGGAAGGAGGCAGCACGACAUUGAUCACGAGGGCAGGCGUGCUGAGCUGGAUCAAGAUGCAACUGGCAAACGUCGCCGGCGGAAAGGCGAAGAAGGAUAGGAAGAGCGUCAGUGCGGCAAGGGCAGAGAAGACGCUGAAACGGCUAGUGGGCAGGUUGUUGGAGACUUGCGACAAGGUGCGGGUGGAAGAGUGGAGCGGCGGAGACGCUGCGAAAGAGAUGCAAAAGCUGGUUGAGUGA